AUGGCCUCGACCGUGCAGACUCCGGUCUAUCCCCAUCCUCAACCCUCUUUCGCAACACACGAAAAUACAUCGUCCAUGAAUGAUUCAUUCGGUCAGUCGGCACUUCAUUCGUUUGACAGCUCUAGAUCUGUCGCUUUGACCCCGUCUGCCACACCACCUCCACCACGCGCAACACCGCAACACAAUUUGUCGUUCAACGUGAACAGCGGCUCAGCAAUGAAUGGAGUAGUCCUCAAGGGUGGCAGUUUUGGGCAGUAUGGAGACGUAAACGGGCAUCCACAAUCGUCAGCUUCCUACUAUGGACAAGAUGCCGAGCCUCAAAUCUAUACGGCUGUCUAUUCUAAUGUCCCGGUGUAUGAGAUGGUAGUCAAUGGCACUGUUAUCAUGAGAAGGCGAGAUGACUCAUGGCUCAACGCGACCCAAAUUCUAAAGGUAGCUGGUGUUGACAAAGGGAAGCGUACCAAAGUCCUCGAUAAGGAGGUUCAGAGUGGCGAGCACGAGAAGGUUCAGGGGGGUUAUGGCAAGUAUCAAGGAACGUGGAUCAACUACCAACGAGGAGUUGAGUUUUGUCGUCAAUAUGGGGUAGAAGAGCUGCUGAGGCCUCUACUUGAGUAUGACUUACGCACAGACGGGACUACCUCGACGCAGAAUAGGUUGGAGACUCCUACCAAAGAGCAAGCGAUGGCAGCACAACGAAAACGCAUGUAUAAUGGAAUGGAUGGCCGUGCCCCAAGUCAAGGAUCAAACGGAACCUAUUUCAAGAAUAUGUCAACCACUGCAGCAAAUGCUGUCAACGCCCUCAGUCAGACACGAUUCGAGUCACCUGCACGUGGCAUGGACGGUCGUCGUUCAGUUGGGCCAGCUCGACCAUCACAUCAAUUCCAGAACAGCCAAGAUUCAUUACCCCAAGGAGGCAGCCAACAGAGCAUGCACAGCAUGCCGUCGCAGGACAGCUUCUCAGCCAACAAUGCUGGCUCCUUCACGUAUGGAACCAAUUAUGCUGAUUACCCAAACGGCAUCGAAGGACAAGAGCCACCACGCAAGAGAAUUCGUCCAUCUCCGCAGAACUCCUUCAUGACCACAGUGGACCCAGGCCUCGAUACCUCGAUGCUGGAUGGCACUACCGAACCUAAUGAUUCUUUCAUGUCACACCAGAAUCAAUCUUUUGCACCUCUUCCAGAGUCGGUUGUCGGGCUGCCACCUCUUCCUACUGUUGGAGGUCCGGAAGAAGAAAACAAGAAACAGCAUCUCACGGCUCUCUUCUACGAUUUAUCUCGGACGGAUUUCUCCAACGAACCGGCAUUCCUGACCUUGACCACUCGAGAACUGGAAAUGCCGCUUGAUGACUCUGGUAAUACGGCUCUGCACUGGGCAGCAAGACUGGCUCAUAUUCCACUGAUCAAGCAGCUGAUCGCGAAAGGCUUUAACGUCUGCCGCACCAACAGCGGAGGGGAGACUCCUCUUGUCGCAGCUUGUCAAGUACGGAACAACAAGGAUAAUCUCACAUUCCCUGAACUGCUCGAAUUCUUAGGCUCUAGUAUCGAGGUGAGAGACAAAAGGGGCCGCACUUUACUCCACCAUAUUGCUGUCUCGUCGGCCAUGCAAGGUCGGGCUGAUGUUGGACUGUACUAUCUUCAAUCGUUGCUUGAAUAUGUGGUUCGGCCAGAUAGCAACACAAGCUCUCAAGAUCAGUCGUUUGAUGCGUAUGACUACGACGGUACAAGAGGGCGGAAAUCGAUGGAUCUGAUACGAUUCAUGUCAAAGAUUGUGGAUGUGCGAGAUAAAUCUGGAGAUACUGCUCUUAACCUGGCAGCAAGAACCAGCACGAAGAUUAUCAUCAAACAACUCCUUGAGCUUGGGGCUAACACUCAAAUCGCCAAUGAUGGAGGGCUAGCUCCUAUCGACUUUGGUGUCGUAAAAGAAGACGAGGCAGAUGCGCCUCAGCCUCAGCCUCCACCCCCACCACCACAUUUGUUUGCGAACUCCAGUUUCCAAGGCGCUUCUGCUUCGUCUCAAACGUCGUUCGCAGACACUCAGUCUGAAAUACUGACUUCGGUGCAGAAGGCUUUCACGGAAGCAGAUGUUAUGCUCAGUAGCGAGCUUCAAGAAAAGCAAGAUGAGCUUAACCGGAAAACCCGCCGCCUCAGAGAUGAGGGCAUGGCUCUGGCCAAGGCCAAGGAGAGGCUACAUGAGUUACAGGCCAAAUCUCGCGAAGAGCAUGAACUAGAACAGAAAAUCGCAAACCUCAAGCGAUCCAAUGCUGAGCUCAAAGGCCAGCUUUCGCAGUCCAACGGACAUCUAUCCAACGGCAUGCCAGAACAUGUCGUGGUUGGCGAAGCUGACAAAGGUCUUGAUUUUGACGGACUCCUUCCUUUAGUCGAGCAGUUGUUCCCAGACGACGAAGAGAACAUCGAUCUGAACGGCCCCUUGUCUCCCGAACAGAAGAAGUUCCUGUCUUUACUGGAGAGAGCAGAGGUACUGAGCGGGAGGACAGCGGCAUACCAGCAGCACAAUGCCGAUCUGGAGGCUCGAGCAAACAAGCUAAGAGGAAUGGGUCAGGAGUUGGAAGAGCGGUACAGAAAGAUAGUGAGCAUCUGUACUGGUGUGGAGGCAGACAAGGUGGAUGAUAUGAUGGAGAGUCUGCUUCAAGCCGUCUUGAGUGAGCAGAAGGAGCAUGUGGAACUGGGCAAAGUGCGUGACUUUCUCAAGCUGGUCAGAAGUGGGGACGAGUGA